CCGCAAAGCGGCUGCCGCGGCGGGCGGGGAGGGGGCGCUGAGCCGAGCGCGGCGCGGCGCGGCGGGAGCGCAGCCAGCAGCCCGGCCCGGUUCGACUCGGUUCAGCACGACUCGGCCCGGCCCGGCCCGGCCCGGCCCCGGGGGCGCGCGGCCGGGGCCGGGGCCAGCAGCGCGCUGGAGCUGGCAAACAUCUGUGGGACCCAAUCCUGAGAGCACAUUCAGUGAACAGAGUGGCGUAAGGGAUUCUGGGCCUGUCCUGUACCGAAGAUGUUCCCUCAAAACCGGCCUCCGGCCCAUCUCCAGGCACCCUCUGCUGCGUCGGGAGCCCCAGUGGCUGCGAGCGCCAUCCCCGCCACCCCACAGUCCCUGAAGCUGACUUACCCGGAGACCUUGGACCGGAUCAAGGAGGAAUUCCAGUUUCUGCAAAACCAAUACCACAGCUUGAAGUUAGAAUGUGAAAAGCUGGCAACAGAAAAAACAGAAAUCCAGCGUCAUUAUGUCAUGUACUAUGAGAUGUCCUAUGGCCUGAACAUUGAGAUGCACAAGCAGACGGAAAUUGCCAAGCGGCUCAAUGUGAUCUGUGCCCAGCUCAUCCCGUUCCUGUCUCAGGAGCACCAGCAGCAGGUGGUCCAAGCUGUGGAGCGGGCGAAGCAGGUGACUAUGACCGACCUGAACGUGGCAAUUGGGCACCAGCUCCAGACGCAGCACCUCUCCCACCACGCUCCCCCCAUCCCACUAACCCCCCACUCCUCGGGGCUGCAACCCCCUGGCCUGGCCAGCCUCGGCGGUGCCUCGGGGCUGCUGGCGCUCUCAGGGGCGCUGGGGGCCCAGGCCCAGCUCCUGGCCAAGGACGACCGGGGCGGCCACGACGCCGAGCACAGAGGGGAAGGUCUCCGGUCAUGCCUGGGGGGAGGCACUGCCCCACGGGCACCCAGCACCCCGCCGUGCCAGCGCCCCAUCCCAGGCAGAGGGGCGGCUGCGGCGCGUGGCACAGCCGUUUCCCUUCCUUUCUGCCUGGUCCUGCCGCCGCUCGCCGUCACCGUGGAGACAGAGCGGGACCCUGGCCCCAGCUCCCUGGCACUGCCCAACGGGGAGCGGGCACGCACUAUCUCCGAGUACCUGAGCAGCAGCAAGAAGAGGAAGGCAGAGGAUAAGGACUUCAUCAACGACUAUGGCAGUGAUGCGGACAAAAGCGAGGAUAAUUUGGUGGUGGAUGAGGACCCUUCAUCCCCGCACAGUGUCCACUCCUACUCAUCCCGGGAGAAUGGUGCAGAGAAGGUCCCACUGGGGAGGAAAGAAGCCAUACCACUGAGCCCCACCUCCAUGGCCUCCUCCAGCAGCAUGUCCCCGUCCCGCAGCAGGGACGUGCCCGUGGUGGAGAAGGCAGGCACCCCCAGCCUGAAGCCUAGCACGCCCACAUCGCAGGAUGCAGCCCUGGGUACUGGCAACAGUGCCCCACAGUUUCGCCCCACUGCUGCCAAGGCUUUGGACCCCUUAGCUCUGGGCCUGCGGACCCCGCUGGGCGUGCAGAGCCCAUACUCAGCCGCCUUCAGCAUGGCUCACCCUGCUGUCAACGGGGACGUGGCCGGGAGCAGCGCCUAUGCCAGCCUCCACCUUGUGUCCCCCCAGCUCAAUGGGGCUGCGGGUGCCGGAAGCUAUGGACGAUCACCGCUGGUCGGCUAUGACCCCCACCCGCACAUGCGUGUCCCGGGACUGGCAGCCAGCAUGCAAGUAGGGACGUCGGGGAAGCCCGCCUACUCCUUCCAUGUCAGUGCUGAUGGGCAGAUGCAGCCGGUGCCUUUCCCGCCCGAUGCCCUCAUCGGCUCCGGCAUCCCCCGUCACGCACGGCAGCUCCACACCCUGACCCACGGCGAGGUGGUCUGCGCUGUCACCAUCAGCAACUCCACGCGGCACGUCUACACAGGGGGCAAGGGCUGUGUGAAGGUGUGGGAUGUGGGACAGCCAGGCACCAAGACAGCCGUGGCACAGCUGGACUGCUUGAACCGGGACAACUACAUCCGCUCCUGCAAGCUGCUCCCUGACGGCCGCAGCCUCAUCGUCGGGGGAGAGGCCAGCACCCUGUCCAUCUGGGACCUGGCUGCCCCCACGCCCCGCAUCAAGGCUGAGCUCACCUCCUCCGCACCUGCCUGCUAUGCCCUGGCCAUCAGCCCCGAUGCCAAGGUCUGCUUCUCCUGCUGCAGUGAUGGCAACAUCGUGGUGUGGGACCUGCAGAACCAGACCCUGGUCAGGCAGUUUCAAGGUCACACAGAUGGUGCAAGCUGCAUCGAUAUCUCCAAUGAUGGUACCAAGCUGUGGACAGGGGGCCUGGACAACACUGUGCGAUGCUGGGACCUGCGGGAAGGGCGUCAGCUGCAGCAGCAUGACUUCAGCUCGCAGAUCUUCUCCCUGGGGUACUGCCCCACAGGCGAGUGGCUUGCCGUUGGCAUGGAGAGCAGCAACGUGGAGAUCCUGCACGUGACCAAACCAGACAAGUACCAGUUGCACCUCCACGAGAGCUGUGUCCUGUCCCUCAAGUUCGCCUCCUGUGGGAAGUGGUUUGUGAGCACAGGGAAGGAUAACCUGCUAAAUGCCUGGCGGACGCCCUAUGGGGCCAGCAUAUUCCAGUCCAAGGAGUCCUCCUCCGUCCUCAGUUGCGACGUUUCCACGGAUGACCAGUUCAUCGUUACUGGCUCAGGGGACAAGAAGGCUACAGUUUACGAGGUCAUUUACUGAAAGAGCAAGGUGGCACCUGCAGGCAUGGAGCAGGAAAGGUCUAUUCCACAGGGGCAGAUGGACAUCAGCAUGGGCAAACGGAUGGACUCUACCUGCUGGCUUCCCAAAGACCUCAGAGCUGCGGCUGAGGGCGUCUGAGCGCCAGGAGAGCGGUGUGGGGCAGCAGUGCCCCUGGGACCAUGGCCAGGCGUGGGUCUGGGCUGGGAGCUGGUGGCUGCUGCUCACGAUGAAUUUCCUGGGGAUUUUCUUCUUUUAGUUUUGUUCAUUCUGUUGGUUUAUUUCUAAAUCUUGAGUGGGGGGUAGUGCAAGAAGGGGGGGGGGAA